GGUAACCGCAUCACAACCGCACUGCACGCGUCGCACCACAAUCAUCGUCGCCGUCAUAAUAAUAAAUAACAAUAAUUAUUAUUAUAUGCACGCCAAGAUAAUAAGAUAACUGUACAAUAAAGUACCACCAUACCAACACACAUAGUAUAUCUUUUAUAUUAUACAAUUUUUUUUUUCCGUUAACAUCUGUCGUGUGCGGUAAACAACGGCGUCGGGCGUCGAUUUGAAAUAGAUAAAAAAAAAACCGUCGAAGAUAGUAUUGCAAUAAAAAAAUCUAUUCGAAAGCCGCCGGCGUUUGCCCGUCAACUCGAGUGCCGCCGACGCCGCCAGUCGACCAUGUCAACGCGGUCGGUGCUCACGCGCGAGUCGACAAGACUGGAAGCCGAUCAAACCGUUUGUUUUGCCGCCAAAACCGCCGACCGUACCACCGCCGUUGGGUUUUUAUCCGCCACAACGACAACGCGUCAUUUUUUACAAAAUUAAAACAUUUUUUUUUUUUUAACGAAUUUAUUUCGUUCUUUCAAACCAUUAUUCUCACCAUUGCCACCGUCCGCCGAACGCUCACACAUGUACGCGCUAUGCAGAGGGCUUCCGGAGAGUUCCUUCAGGCAACCGCCAAAACCGCAGGCCAAACAGCACCGUUUGAAUUUGGGUUCUGGCGGCCCACCCAGAAGAAAAACGUCAAAUUUGAUACGGCCGCAGCUCUCCGGGCCAAUGGAGUUGGAAACGCUUAUGGAGGAAGGGGCGGCGCCCGGGCCUGGCGGGGAAAGCGACGCUGCACAGCCGACUGGCACGGCGGAAAAUGGCAAUUGCGUGCCGCUGGUCAACGGCGACAAAACAAGAGGCUCGGUUACCGGCGUCGCCAUGGAACAGUCUUCGAAGGUAUCGAAGGGCUCCACGCUCAAUCUGUACCUCGCGUCUUGCACAGCCAACAUGGGAGCUUUGGCAGCGGGGUGUGCUCUCACGUGGUCGUCGCCCACGAUACUUAAGCUACAACGUGGUGAUCCGAGCUUCAAUCUGAUCAUAAACGAGGAAGAAGCCACUUGGGUCGGCUCUCUUGUGACGUUGGGUGCCGCCAUCGGACCCAUACUUUCCGGCGCCAUACUUGACCGGCUGGGCAGGAAAAAUACCGUUUUGCUCAGCAUGGUGUUGUCAAUGAUCUCGUGGAUAACCAUUGGGUUCAUUCCUAAUCUGUAUGUCUUAUACGGGGCAAGGGUACUAUCCGGCGUGGCCGUCGGUCUAAUUUUCACAGCCGUGCCCACGUACAUAGCCGAAAUCGCAAUGCCGCACUUGAGGAGUUCAUUGGGUACACUCAUGCAGUUCUUCUUGUGCUUUGGCUUCCUGAUAGAGUUUAUCGUUGGACCCUACACGUCAUACCUCACUCUGGUGCUGGUGUCUCUUACCACGCCCAUCCUCUGUUUCGGCAUGUUCGUGUGGAUGCCGGAUUCGCCCCAUUCGCUGCUGGGACGUCCCGGUCGCGAGACUCAAGCUUUGGAAUCGCUCCGUUGGUUGCGCGGCAAUCCGCAGGAGGCGAUUUUGAUCAAGGAGCUCGGCGAAAUCAAGAGAUCCAUCGAGGAGACGCAGAGACAGAAGUCGAGCUUUGGCGAGCUGUUCGCGAACAAGGGCAACAUCAAAGCCGUGAUCAUCGCUUGUUCCAUGGUCGGAUUCCAGCAACUCAGCGGCAUCAACGUCGUCCUCCUGUUCAGCGAAACGAUAUUCCAGAAGACCGGCGCUCAAAUAUCGCCUAGCAUUUGUACGAUCAUCGUGGGGUCGGUGAUGUUGGUCGCGGCCGCUGUCACGCCGUCGCUGGCCAAAUUCUUCUCCAUGAAGACCCUGUUGUACAUCUCGGCCGUCGGCAUGGCCCUCACCGAGGGUGUGCUCGGGUUUUACUUUUAUAUGCUAAGCAAACACCAGGACGUUUCCACCAUAGGAUGGUUGCCGGUCACCAGUUUGGUGCUUUUCAUCAUAACGUACUGCCUCGGUUUUGGACCGCUACCCUGGGCCAUAAUGGGAGAGGUGUUCCCGGCCAACCUCAAGUCGGUGGCGUCGGCCCUUACAGCGAGUUUCUGUUGGUUCUUGGGCUUCGUCUUGUCAAAGUCUUUUAACACCCUCUGCUCGGUGAUCGGUGAGCAUUUUGCGUUUUGGAUGUUCUCCGGUUUCUGCGUCGUGGCCCUGUUGUUCACCAUAUUCAUACUGCCAGACACCGAAGGCAAGACUUUACCGGAAAUCCAAGACAUGUUGCACGGCAGGAACGCGAAACCGUCGGCCAAGGAUAAAACGACCGUCAAAGCGUGACGUCAUAAACGCCCCUAAAUAGAUGUAACGAAAGCGACUGAUUUUUCACAGAGUUUUAUAAAUGUAUAAUUGAACCAUGUAUUGAGUACAAUCAAUUUUUAUAUGUUUACAUGUACGCGUGUAUGAUAUGUAUUUAUAUGUGUGUGUGUGUGUGUAUACAGAUUUUACAAGUGAAACCAAUAUUGAUUACCUCCAACAACAACGGAAUCAGUAAUAAUAAUAAUUUAAAAAAAAAAGAAAAAAAAUGAUUUGUUUUUUUACGUAUAAAACUGUCAUCUGUAAAUUUUGUAUACGAUUAAUAGAUUUAUAUAAUAUAUAUAUAUAUAUAUAAUUUUUUUUUUAAUGUAAUUUGACUUAUGCUAAGACUAUUGUUUAUUAUUAUACAACUGUAUUGUUAUA